CGGUAAGGUAACACACAACGCAAGGAGCUCAAGAUCGAGCUGCGUUGCGAGGGCAGAGAAAGAGAUGGGCAGUGCAGUGAUGAUGAAGAUAAGGACCUGCCUGCCCUUUGAAAACGCGCGCACACACAAACCAACACUGACAUCACCGGUGGGGGCUGGGGAGGAGAGGGAGAGCCUUCUUUAAGAUCAGUAGAUCACCACACCCUCACCCCUCCUCAUUGCCCCCCUCACACACACACACACUCACUCUCUCUCUCUCUCUCUCUCUCUCUCUCUCUCUCUCCAUUGUGUCACUGUAACUAGCAAUUGAGCUCUUAAAAUUUUGGUUGAGGUGCAGUAGCAAGGCACACUACUACGAUCUACAAACAAGAUGAUCAGUUGAUGCCCGGUGUCUUCAGGAUCUUUUCAGGUUCGCGAGGUCCCAUUUUGCUUCUCCCCCCGGGCUUGCAGUUGCGUUUGAGUGCACCUCUGAGGCUUUGGUUGGCUCUCGCGCUGCGUACUUAAGCUCUCCGCCCCGUCCACGGCGUUGCAUCUCUCAUGGCACUCGGUGUCUCCUGAUAGCUGCUGCUUCGAUCUACUCCACCUAACCGAAAGAGCGUCGUGUAGGGUCUUGGAUUCUUGGUCCGGUGCUGUAGGCGUGUUCUUGAGAUCGAAGAUCCAGGAGAUGAUCCUGCGGCGGAGAUCGAGGUCGAUGAACAGCAGCGCCGGCGCGCAGAGGAGCCACGUCCCCGGUCAGUCCGCGAGAUCGUCGACCAGUCCAUGCGACGGUGACAGUGGCGGGGCCGGGGACGGGGCCGCCGCCGCCAGCAGCAAGAGUGCGACCGCGCGUGCCCUGUUCGCCUCCCCGAGGCUGCUGCACUCUUCUUCCCUGCCCGCCGGCACCGUCGCCUUCGCCAAGAGCCCCGCGCCGGACGCCGAGCCCCAGACGGCCUUCUCCAUGAGCCCAACCUCCGUGCUCGACGCGGCGGCGGCCUUCGUGCCGGGCACGGACGGCGCCGGCAAGCGCCGCCCGCCGUGGCGGGCGCGGGACAACAACGGUCUCGCGGACGCGCUGGACUGCAGCGACCACCACCACCAGCAGCAGCAGCAGGAGCGGAUCGUCCUCGCGGCGACGCCGUCGUCGUGCUCGCUGGCCAGAUCGUGCUCCCUGGACCGCCGCGUCGAGUUCGGCGUCAAGAACAGGAGCUCGUGGCUGCCCCUCCGCGGCCGCGAGGCCACGGCGCCGGCGCCGGCCGACCCGUGGGAGAUAGAGCCGUCGUCGGAGGACUACACGUGCGUCAUCUCCCGCGGGCCUAACCCGAGGACGGUGCACAUCUUCGGCGACCGCGUCGUGGAGGGCGGCGCCGGCGCCGGCGCCGACGCCGCGGCGGAGAGGGAGGACAGCUCGCCGCGGCAGAUCAAUCUGCCGGCGCGCGGCGACCGGGGCUUCUUCAGCCUGUGAAUGAUCCCAUCCACAUCCAUCCACGAGCGUGCGCGUAGACUGAUGCCUAGUAGGUAAAGAAACCGAGUUUGCUGAGUGCUAGUAUUAAGUUCAGCCUUCAUGUUGCGGUAUUGUAUCGGUUGCUCCGUUUCCAUCUGAUCAGAUGAUCAUAGUUGUUUCCUUGAUCAGAUGAUGUGUACUAGAUGUUUUGUUCAGGUUGAGCUGAAGCUGUGAUAUAAAAUUUCAUUACGUUGUUA